GCGGUCGACCUAGCACUCCGGAGCCCAAACCUGUCGGGCCGGUUUGCAGAGCCACGGGGACUGAGGGAAGAAGGCUACAGAAGGAUGCACGGCCUGCCCCGUGCUGGUCCGAACUGUCCGCACUGUCUGCCGUCUGAGCCUGUGCUUCCCACCGGUCCGAACUCAUGACGCGCACGCUCGACCUCAUGGUGCCUCUGCUGGGCCUAAGCCUGGGACUGGCCCUGAGCCUGCCCCGAGCUGUGGCAGCGGACUGCGGGUCCCUCGGGCGCGUGGAGCACCUGGCAUUCGCUCCGGUGCCCGGGACAGAACCGACAGCCCCUCGUGUCCGCGCGCCGUGGCCCCUGGACUCCCUCUAUGGCACCGUGAGACGAUUCCUCUCCGUGGUUCAGCUUAACCCCUUCCCGGCAGAGUUGAUAAAGACCCUCCUAAAUGAUCCAUCUUCUGUGAAGACAGAUGAGGUGGUCCGGUAUGAGGCGGGCUACGUGGUGUGCGCUGUGAUUGCUGGCCUCUACCUCCUAUUGGUACCCAUCACUGGGCUCUGCUUCUGUUGUUGCCGAUGCCGCCGGCGCUGCGGGGGCAGGGUGAAGACGGAGCACAAGGCCAUGGCCUGUGAACGUGGCACCCUCAUGACCUUCCUGCUGCUGACCACCCUCAUGCUUCUGAUCGGUAUGGUCUGUGCUUUUGCUACUAACCAGUUCACACACAGUCAGACGGGCCCCAGUGUGGAAGCGGUCCCCGAGACCCUGCUCAGCCUAAGAGGCUUGGUCUCUGACGUUCCUAAAAAGCUGCAGGCCGUGGCUGAUCAGUUCUCCUUGCCUCAGAAGCAAGUCUCAAAGGAUCUGGAUGGUGUCGGUGAGAACCUUGGGAAUAUAAUUCAUAACCAACUCAAGAGCACAGUGUACCCAGUGCUAGCCUCAGUGCACGGCCUGGGCCAGGCCCUGCAGGUCUCCAUAGACCACCUUCAAAGCGUGAACGCCACCUCAGUGGAGCUGCGGGAGGGGCAGCAGCACCUGGGACCACCUGUGCAGGCACACCGGGAGCGCCUGCUCGCCCUGCUUCAGGAGAGCUGGUGCCACGAGAACUGCAAGGGGGCCCUGAGCCAGGCCAGUGCUCUGCAACUGGGUGCUGACUUUAGCCAGAUGCCCCCUGUGGAUGACGUCCUGCAUCGGCUGCAGGGUGUCCCAGAAGCCAACUUCUCCAGCAUGGUCCAGGAGGAGAACGCCACCUUCAAUAACCUCCCUAUCCUGGUUCAUAUGCAGAUGGUCAGUGUGGUCAAAGAUCUGAAAAAGGCACUGGCUGAGCAGCCUGAAGGUGUGAGGAUGCUGGCCCAAGCGUUCCCAGGUUCAGAGGCAACUUCCCGCUGGAGCCAGGCGCUGGAGGGGCUGGAGCAGCGCAGCCGCCCCUACUUACAGGAUGUGCAGCGAUAUGAGACAUACAGGUGGAUUUUGGGAUGCGUGCUGUGCUCUGCCAUCCUGCUUGUGGUGAUCUGUAACCUGCUGGGCCUCAGCCUAGGCAUCUGGGGGUUGUUUGCCAGGGAGGACCCCAGCCACUCUGAAACCAAGGGCGAGGCUGGAGCCCGCUUCCUCAUGGCAGGUGUGGCCUUCAGCUUCCUCUUUGCAGCCCCCCUCAUCCUCCUUGUCUUCGCCACUUUCCUGGUGGGUGGCAACGUGCAGACGCUGGUGUGCCGGAGCUGGGAGAGUGGAGAGCUGUACGAGUUUGUGGACACCCCGGGGAACCUGCCCCCAUCCAUGAACCUGUCCUACCUUCUUGGCCUGAGGAAGAACAUCAGCGUCUUCCAGGCCUAUCGACAGUGUAAGGCAGGGACAGCACUCUGGAAGGUUCUACAGCUCAAUGACUCCUAUGACCUGGAUAAGCACCUGGAUAUCAAACAGUAUACCCAUAAGCUUCAGCAGGAGCUUCAAAGCUUCAAAGUAGAUCUGAAGGAUCUAGACCUGUUGAAUCCUGCUGCCCGCCAGAACCUGGAGGCUUUGCAGAGUAGCGGGCUGGAGAAAAUCCACUACAGAGACUUCCUUGUACAGAUCCAGAAGCCUGUGGUGAAGACUGACAUGGGGCAGCUGGCGAAGGAGCUGGAAGGACUGGCCCAGGCCCAUAAUGAAUCUUUACGGAGGCAGCAGCUACAGGAGGAGGCCAGAGAACUUCGAAGCCUCUACCAGGAGAAGGUUGUCCCCCAGGAGAACCUUGUGGCCAAGCUCAACCCCAGCAUCAGGGUCUUGGAGUCCUCAGCCCCAAAACUGCAGAAGGCGAACCCCCCCCCCCAUCAGAUCAUUAAGGAUCCAUUCCUUUGGCCUCUGGGUCUUAGAGCCUGCCUCUCCUCCCUUAAGGUGAAUACCUCAGACCUUCUUGACAUAGUCGCCCGUCUUAAAGGAGAGCUGCCUGCUCAGCUCAACCACAUCCUGAGGAAUGCCACUGAGUGUUUCCUGACCAGGGAAAUGGGCUACUUCUCUCAGUAUGUGACCUGGGUGAGGGAAGAGGUGACUCAGCACAUCGCCACCUGCCAGCCCUUCUCUAAAGCCCUGGACGAUGGUCAUAUGAUCCUGUGUGACAUGAUGGCCAACCCCUGGAAUGCCUUCUGGUUCUGCCUGGGCUGGUGCACCUUCUUCCUCAUCCCCAGCAUCAUCUUCGCGGUCAAGACCUCCAAGUACUUCCGUCCCAUCCGGAAACGGCUCAGCUCCACCAGCUCCGAAGAGACACAGCUCUUCCAUAUCCCCAGGGUCACCUCCCUGAAGCUAUAGAACCCACCGGGCAAGGUGAUACCUGGGGGUUUCCUGUCCUUCUUCCUUGUCUCAGCCUGGACCAGACGACAUCUGUAACCUCUGUUCCAGAGCCCAGGCUGGCCUCUAGUGCUGGGUUGUCUCCAGUUCCACAUUUGUACUCUUUCUGCUCGUGACUCAAAGCACUCUCAGUCUUUACUGAACUACAGAGCUAACGGGUUCUUGUGGGUGUCUAGCCUUGCCCUCCUCUCUGUGGUAUCUCACACAAGAGAGGCCUCUUCACCACCCAUGGCAGUUCUUUCUCUGCCUUUAGACGGGACCCAGCCUUCUCCAUGCACCCUGUUUCUUUCUCCGUCUCCUACCUAAGCUCCUUUCCCCUUGUCUAAGUUCAGUCCCCUCAACCUGCCCCAACAUCCUUCUUGUUCCCUCCCCAGCCCAUUGCUUGCUCUCUCCAUGGAGGUCCUGCCUCCCCGCUUGUCCCCUUUACCUUGUCCUUACUGCUACCUUGCUGGCUCCCAGGCCUCUAGUACGGAACAAAUAUUAUGGUUGAGGUCAUGACCGCUGAGCCUUCUGCAGCUCUCUUCUGGAUCUCCUCCUGUUCCCAGUGGGGCGAGACAGCCUGUCUGAGGGCUGAGCUGUCCUGUCUGCAUCCUGGGUUAGAAACGCCAGUGUUGGCCCUGUCUUCUCCUUGAGCACUGGCUCCUGAGAGAGAGCCAGGGAUGUGGGCCAUGCUGGGGAUCUCCCUUUGCCUCACAGACAGUAGUUUGGGUAGUCCCACUGUGUUCCCCAGGAUGUAUCUGAUGGUAAGAACAGGGUUUCUGCCCUCCCCCUGCCGUCCUGCCCAUCACUUAUCUCUAUAAUGUCCCUAUUGCUGAGCACUGAGUCCAGAAAGGACACAGAAAGGAGAGACAGUAUGGACCAAUCCCUGCUCCAGUAGCAGGUUCUCACUUCCCUCUGCUUUGCUUCUGGGUCCCCAAGGCUGUGUCUCUAGGGCAAAGGUUCAGUAUACAGUUGGUCUGUAACGAGCAUUUGUGGGAAGCGUUCCAAGGCCUCUCUAACUGCAGACAUCCUGGGACUGCUAUAGCAAUUCAGUGGGAGGAGCAGAGCCUGCCUCAGCCGUGUGAUUCACAGGCUGGUUCUGAUGCUGCUAGCUGGGGCUCCUCAAACAUGUUCCUAGGUCCCCCAAGCCUCAAUUUAUUUUAUUAUAAAACGGAGAGGCUCCUCGGAGCCUGCGUGUAGGAUUGUGAAAGUCAGACAUGAUGGUGGGUGGAAACCCAGGACAGACCUGGUGCUGAGCUUCUGCAGUCCCGAAGUUGGGAGCCAGGCUGAGGGCAGAGCCAGGGUCUGGCCUGAAGGGGGUGAGCGCCCUUUCUGGUGGUAAUCCUCUCUCUCUCUCUCUCUGGGCAUGUUGAUUCGGAAUUACAUUAUGAAUGCGCCAGUACCAGUUUUGUGCUAGGACUAAGGAUGAUGGUACCCAAUGUACAAACAUACAGAGACUCCAGCCAGCCUAUUGUCAAAUAGGAAUCCUGGGAUAUGCUUUCCCCCCCAGAGGUUGGAAGGUUUUGUUUUGUUGUUUGUUUUCAGUUGUUAUUUGUUUGUUAACCUGGGGGUGAGGAAGUGACACCCUGUAAUUUUAACUGAUUGGAUUUAAACAAAUGAAAUAAAAGCAAUUAAAAACCA